AUGGAUUUUGUAAAAAGUGUUAUUCAACCUUAUUCAAAUUCUUCAAACACUAAAGAAGAAGAUUAUUUAAUUAGUCAAAUUAACGAUUACAUCAAGUUGUAUGAAAGAAUAGAAGAAAGAGGGAUAGAACUCAACAAUCAAAUUAAUACUUAUCAUGAAAAAAUACAACAAACAGGCGCAAUUGCACCAAAAAUUAAAGAAGCCCUUAAAUCCUUAUACGCUGACAUGAUAGACCAGACAGUUUGCGAAGAAGAAAUCACCAAGAUAAUCCUAAGUCACUGUGAUAAACUGUUAUUAAUGAAACCUCAUCAUGACAACGAAUAUGACCGAGCAACAGGUAACUUAAUUAUAAAAGAAACAACAUGCUUUUACGAAGCAAUUGAUGUCCCUCCACUUAGUAAGAUUACAUCAUCAAAAAAGAACUGUUGUUUGAGAAUGAUGGAUGUGCUCAGAGUUACGUAG